AAUUCCGCAUCUUGUAACUCGGCCGACAAUUCAAAGCGCGGCCUUCGCCGUCUCUUUAUGUCUAGACGUAAGAAGCAGUCUCAGGCAGUUGCUGAAACAGAUGUGAAUCAGUUUACUCCGUCUCCGUCUCCGGCCCCUACAACCUCAUCGCUUUCAUUAUCCCCUGCAAUCGAUGCGUGGCCAAUCAAUCUGUUUGCCGACCAUGAGGACAUAUCUGGCUGUUCUGGUCAUUUAAGUACAAUAACCGGCAUUGAAGAAUCAGAUGAAGAGGAUGCGAAUCAGGUUUCAAUGUCCUGUGUCUCUAUAGCUCAAAAAGUGGACUCUGUGGGCCCCUGUAGAGGGCUAACGCGGACUUUAAACCAUUCACGUCUUUCUAUUGCUACUCUCCCCGGCUUGCUAAGUGGAGACGGCCAAAUAUUGAUGGAAUCUCAAUCUCAUAACGACAAAAUACCUUACAUGCCAGAGAACCACUCAUCUGUAGCCAGUCCAGCUUGUUUCCAUCCUGAUUAUCCAAGACCCGAUUUAACACUAGAACUUAUCCUGGAUAAGUGA